AUGCCCGUGGUGGACCCCGGCGACUACUCGACCUCCGCCGGCUCCUCCCUUCAGGCCUUGGGCCUCGUGAAAUUUCAGAUCAAUGCCCAUUAUUACGGCGGUGAAUUUUACAGCCGGGAGCCAGGGACCGGCGCGUACGAGGCGCACGCCGGGAUGCGUCGGGAGGAACGGAUUCAAGAGUUUCUAGAAGAAACGAGCGAGGCGGCGCCGGUUCCAGUCUUGGGUCUCCCCGAAGGUUACCUCCUUCGAUGCGAAGGCGAGAAAAUCGGGGUCCGUGGAGGUCCCAGUACCCGCGGCAGUGCCGUCACCAUCUUCAAGAAAGACCAAUCCCCCCUGGAGGUGGAAGGGUUGCCGACGGAGGACAUCGCAGCUUUGGUCUGGGGACAAGCCAAGCCGUCCACUCGGACGCCGGGAGGGAUGGUGCCACUCCAUGUCCUGUUCGGAAACCCGGUCAGGAGCCAAGCGCGGCUCUCCCCCGACGGUAUCUACCUGUCGUUCUUGGCCCCCGACCCCACCACGGACGUGUUGAAUGUCUGGGUAGUCGAGCGUGCAGCAGGAGUCGUGUCCCGCACGGCCCGCAUGGUCACCUCCGACCACAACCGGGGCAUACGCCAGCAUUUUUGGGCGGAAAAUUCCCGGGAAAUUUUAUAUUUGCAGGACGUGGGUGGCGACGAAAAUUGGCAUCUAUUUUCGGUCCCUCUCUCGCCGGGGGAAGCCGCCGACGCCCGCUCGGGCCGUGUGCCGGUGCGGGAUUUGACCCCAUUUGAGGGGGUACGGGCGGAGAAUGUGAGGCGAAGCCCGCGCCACCCCGAUGAAUUGCUGGUUGGUUUGAAUUUGCGAUCCCGCGUCGUCUUUGACGUGUAUCGGGUGUCGCUGGCCACUGGGUCCUGCGUCCUUGAUACGGAAAAUCCUGGGGACGUGCUGGCCUGGUACACCGAUAAGGAUUUCGAGGUGCGCGGUGCCUUUGCCGCCGACGCCGCCGAGGGGGGACGCCGGCUGCGGGUCCGGGACAAGGGGAAAGCGGCCUGGCGGGAGAUUCUUGCCUGGGAUUUCGAGGAGACGAGUGAGGUCGUUGGGUUCAACCCCGACGGCGACGGGAUCUACAUCUUGACGUCCGUCGGAUCGGAUACCACUCGUUUGGUCGAAAUCGACUGCGCGGAUGGGCAGGAGCGCCGGACCUGGUUGCAUGACCCUCGGUGCGAUGUGGGUCAAGUCCUGAUCAACAAGGAGACAUUGGCACUGGAGGCGGCGGAGCUCAAUUAUUUGACGCGGGAGUGGCGGUGCUUGGAAGAAGGGGAACAAAGCGCAGGGACGCGGUCGGUGGCCCGAGAUUUUGCGGCCAUCGAGGCAGCCGUGCGCCGACAAGCGGGGGGACGGCGGGAUUUCCGAGUCGUUUCCCGGGCGCACAAGGAUGCUCUCUGGGUCGUGGCGGUCUCGGGCGACACCGUGCCCACCGAAUUUUUCCUGUACUACCGCGCCACCCAGGCCUUGGAUUUAUUGUUCGUGGACCGGCCCCAGCUGCUGGAAUAUUCGCUCGGGCGCAUGCAACCCCUGGUCAUCUCUGCGUCGGAUGGGCCAUGGGCCCGGGACUCGUGGGGAUUCAGCCCCGUUGUCCAGUUGCUUGCCAGCAGGGGCUAUGCCGUCCUUCAAGUCAAUUACCGGGGCAGUGCCGGCUUUGGCAAGAGCUUUGUGAACAAGGGCAAUGGGGAGUGGGGGAUUGGAAGCAUGCAACGCGACUUGACGGAGAGCGUCCGGUGGGCGGUGCAGGCAGGGGUGGCGGACCCGGCGCGCGUCGCCAUCAUGGGCGGGAGCUACGGUGGGUAUGCGACCUUGGCCGGUUUAUGUUUCACGCCGGAAUUGUACAAAUGCGGCGUGGAUAUUGUCGGGCCGGCGCAUUUAAAGACCCUUUUCGGCAGCAUUCCGCCGUACUGGGCCCCGAUGAAACGACAACUGGUCAAACGCGUGGGCAACGUGGAGGAGGAAGAGGUAUUCAACCGGAAGAUUUCCCCGGUCUAUCACGCCAAACGCAUCCGCGCCCCUUUGAUGAUAGUCCAAGGGGCCAACGAUCCCAGGGUCAAGAAAGCCGAAUCGGAUCAAAUGGUGGCCAGUAUGCGAGCGGAGGGGUUGGAAGUUGUUUAUCUAGUUUACCCGGAUGAAGGUCAUGGCCUGGUGCGCCCCCCGAACAAGAUGGACAUGUACCAUCGGAUUGAGGCCUUUUUGAAGAAGCACUUGGGGGGGAAAAUGUUUGCAAGUCGGGAGGACAAAGCACUUUUUGACGGCACGUCCGCCCUGAUUGAGUAA